AAUCCGUGGUCUUGGGUGAGUUCUAUUGGGAUCGAAGAAGACGCUGCAACAAUGUGCGAGUAACGGAUGCUGUUGCCUUUGCUAAUUUUGUCCAUGAGGUUGUGAUGGUAACUUUUGGGUCAGGUUUAUAGGAAACAAAAAAUUUAAGAGCUUCCUCAUGAGAUUGCUUUGAUUGCAGAUGCUGUUCUUACUGUCUGCUAGUUAGCUAGUUAUUUCAAGAAUGUCUCAACAGGAGUUGAAUCUUUGGAAAGGAACUGGUUAAUUUUCAUGAUAUCUCUAUAUGCCUCUCCUUAAGCCACGCCAUUCUGCAUAUGUAUUUUGAUGUUUUGAGAUAUUAUUAGGUUCUUUUAUACCACUUCAGUGUGACGGAGGCAUGGUUAGCUGAAUCAUGAGAGGAAAAUGGGCCAUCCCCAAAUUGGCGUAUCAGGAACCUGUCAAUUUGUUGUGCCGUUGCCGCCAACUGUUUUCAAUUUGCUAAGACAAGACUUUGUUGUCCCACUUAUGAGCCGUCCACUGCUCUCAAUUGAUAGUUUCCUCUUAAGUUAGCAAAAAAAAAGUCGUUUUCCUCCAUGAGCGUAACAUAACCUGUGUAAUUAAGUUGGGUGACAAAUUUGAGAGCAUGCAACUUCUCCAUUUGGGUGGAUGAAGUGUGCACGUGAAAGAUUCCUGCUGCUGCUGCAUCAGGCAAUGGUCGAUGCGAUGCGACUAGCUCACACUCACAUGAGUUGGUGCGCAGAAAGAGACGAUGCGCCUGGGCUGGGGGGCGUCAACCGUGAAGCCGCGUUGCGUAGCAUCUGGAAUGAGUUGUCCCCUCGCCUGGAGGGGGUGGCAAAGAUACCUUUCUCGGGUCGCGCCUGGUGGAAAUUAUCUUUUUUUUUUAGGGGUGCCUGGUGGAAAUUACGUGACGGAGAUCGAUCGAGCCGUGCAGUUUUGACACCCUGACGGGUACCCGCAACAGACGAUGCAUGUGACACCUCCUUGCAGAACCACAAUUCGUACAGUAUCCGUGUACGACAUAUGCAUUUAAUUUUCAGAACAAUACAAAUGGGACAAGUAGCUCAAUAAUUUUUCCGGAUUUUGGUUUGAUGGGGUCCCCUCCUUAAGAAGAAGACACCCUUCAAAAAUUAGUGUAUGCUGCUUAUUGUGGCGUGCACACGGUAUUCUUUAGUAAAAGGCGAAAGAAUAGUUCACUUUGUGCUCACCACGCAGCUGCGUGCUUUACUUCACUGCACCCUCGCUCUCUUAUAUAGCCAGCCACCCGUUCGUUCUCGCUCCCGCUGGCGAGGUGGUACUAUUGUCCCGGGUCUCAAUUCUCACCGGCAGCACCACAACGCACAACACUUCAGCCCAGGGCUACCACUGCCACGGGCCGCAUACAGACUUGAGUUUCGGCCCAUCCUUUACGCCUCCCUUUUGACCUUUCCCUCGCACCUCUCGCCUCUCCACGCACAAACAAGCAGACAGACCGGAGUGAGUCGAGUGACUGACUGGGAGGGAAAGCAGACGAGCGGAGUCUGCGUCCACGCGGCGACCAAGGGAGGUCGACGGCGGCCUGAGGCCCGCGCGUGCCUCCUCCAUUGCCCCCCGUCAAGGUAACAGCCAUGAAGGUCAAAAUUCUUCAGUGGCAUGCGGUGGCUUCUUGGACAUGGGACGCACAAGAUGAGACAUGUGGCAUAUGCAGGAUGGCUUUUGACGGCUGCUGCCCUGAUUGUAAGUUCCCUGGUGAUGAUUGCCCAAUCAUUUGGGGUGCCUGCAACCAUGCUUUCCAUCUUCACUGCAUACUCAAGUGGGUCAAUUCUCAAACAUCAACCCCCCUUUGCCCCAUGUGCCGUAGGGAGUGGCAGUUCAAGGGCUAAGGAUGUCUCAAACUAUGUCAGUACCAAGAGUUUUCAUAUCUCCUCGUAGAAAACUAGAAUGAAUGUGUAACUGGAAUGUAGUUGGGUUGUCUUGUAAGUGCCCUGCCAUACUUUCUGGAAGUCAGGAAUGUCGGCAUCUUUUAAGUGAAACCAUGAGACCUUUGAGCCACAGCCAUUGUGUCUUUUCAAGUUGUGACCAUGCAAAAUUCAAUGAUUGACUUUGAAAAGUCCAAGCAGCCUGAGAUUGUGACAUUUUUUCUUGUUCAGCUUUUUACCCGCAGAUGGCCUCCCAUGUAGUAAUUCGAUUCCGGUUGGAUAGUAUAUACUGUAGAUAUAACAACUAGCAGACAAAUAGCUUGUUCUGCUAGACUUAUAUUCAUUUUAACAAUGACACAUAUAUCAGCAGGUUUUAAGUUAUUAAUAUGAUUUGAUGAGCAUUUUCCAGGCCAUAAAUUGAAAUGUAUCACAUGUGAGCAAGUUACACUGGGUCAGAUUUUAUCUUGUGCCAAUUAUGCCAGCAGAUAUCAUCGAAACUUGGAUUUUUAUCAUGUAAAGUUAAGCAUGUUUUAGGCGAACAAGUAAAGACUUAUUAUGCUUAGUUCAUGAUAUUUAUUUUACUAUACGCAGGUCGUUUGAAUAAAGCAUUAGGAACAUUGUAAAAUACAUUGUGGUUGAGUAGCAACCUGCCAGAACUAUAUCUAGCAUCUAAGACAAAAUGGACAUGUCGGUGCACCAUCCAUUUCGUGCUUAUGAUUCUAGUUUCAGAACUUUGAGUUACUCAAAAAGCUUCUUCUUUAGAUAUCUGUGUCUUGCCUGGAUAAAUAGUGACUUGAACAUUGGUGCCUGUAGUGAUAUCCAUACUACAGGCAUUUGACCUUUGGUUGCUAGUAGUUUGUAUGGGUGAUAGUUUAGUGAUAUAGUGGGAUACUGCAAUAAAGAAAGGUUGUGGCAAUAUUCUUAACAUCUGAGAAGUAGCAUCAAUCAUGUCACUAGUUUGAUCAAUUAUUCUUAUAGGCAAGUGGUGUGUAUUUUGAUGAACAUCUUUAACCUGUGCAGAAAUUAUCGAUCUGUUCCUCGCUAUAGAAUAAAUUAGACAAUCAGAAUCGCUUCUGAUCAAUUGUAAUGCAAAUAUCAUUUGCCCAUCUUGACUAGCAGGAUGCAGUGUUAUUUAGCCAGAUAUACCCUGAUCCCUGCUUAUGCGCAAGAUCUCAUAAUAAGAAUAUGGCUUGUCCAUUGUAAGGAUCAGUGCCUUGAAACCGAUGCUGGGUUGAGGGAGUUUUCUCCCUCUUCCUUGUACAUUUCCUUUUCUUCUUAAUGAAAUGAUACGCAGCUCUCCUGUGUGUUCGCAAAAGAGAUAAAAGAAGUUUCAAUUCUGCUACCUUUGUUGCUACUCUACAAGGGCAUUAUACUUCUUGAAAGGUACAUAUCAGAAAACAAUUUGAUCAUAGAAGAAAAUGGAAAUCUUUGGUAUUCAUGGGUUGUCACUAUCUGGACAAUUAAAUCAAAAGAAGCAAAUGGACAUUAUGGAUAACUUUUAGUAGCAUUUUGGAGAUGCUUUUGCAGUUAUAUUUCUAUGUGUCAUAAGCUGGUUCCUUUAGAAAAAAAAUGUUUUUUUUUACAGUUACAUAAAUGGUCCGCAUUGUAUGUAUUGUUACUCUUUGGGAAUAUUUUCUUCUGAUUUAGGAAAAAGCAAACUUAGUCGACAAGCACUAGCACCUUCGGCAUUUUUAUUCAGAAGAACAAUUGUGAGCAUCAUGUGGAGGUCGGGACUAAGGGGCUGUUUGGUUCUAGGUCUUAAUAAUGCCACAUUUUGCCACACAUUCUUUACCAAACUUACCUAAAGUUAGUUCAACAAAAUGGAAGCCACAAGUUGGCAAGCCUAAGGGAAUCUUGGCACACUUUUUCACUGUAUGUGUUGUGGACCCUAGUGUGGCAAAAAGCAUCUUGCCUAAGAUGAGGCUUGAACCAAACAACCACCUAAGUUGGUCAAACUUAUCUUACCUUACGUGUGGUAAGGUGUGGGCGUGUGGCAACCAUAGUCACAAACCAAACAACCCCUAAGACCCAGGUGCGCAUGGUGAGCAUCCAGACAUUUUGGAGAGAUCUGUUAUCUAUGCUUGAUGAGUAAUAUAGCAUGCAAAAUGCUCUUGAAAUUUCCUGCCCAUAUGUUCUCUUGUUAAGCAAACUAAAUGUCUUCAAUAAAGAAAAUAGGGGGGCUUUAUAUAAAAGAACAAAAGGAAGUUGAAAAAUACCGCCAGCGUCUCGCCUGUUUAGUAAUUCAGCUAUUACUUCUCUAAUAUAACUAAAAUUAUUAUUUCAAGCAUGCCCAUUAAUUGAGAAGAUCCAGACUGGGUCUUGACUUUUCAGAGGUCCUUGGGUCUGAAUCAAUCUGUUUUGUCUAUCUAGGACUUGUUGUGCUGUCCAAUUCCUUUUUGCAGGUGGGCAAUCUAGCCCUGCUAUUUCGUGGCCGCUACCUCUUCAUUCUGAAUGAAUCAUUCGUGGUAAGCAGGUAAUGCUUUGUCGGGCUAAUGGCAUCACAUCCUUCAGUACCGAACGGAAAGGUGAUAUUAUAAUCUCCUCAGGUGACGGAUGACAGCAGUGAUCUUAAGUAUCGCGGUCACCGUUAGAUCGUUUUGUUCAGUUUGCAUAUCUCCCAUGCUGCAUGAUUCCAAAAAAAAUCAGGUGAACUGUCUUGUUCAGCGGAGCCUUAGCACAAAAGCAACCAGGAAUUGUUGAGGCUGCAGCUAUAUGACAACAGAGCUGUAGGUGUUUGUGGUGAGCAGUUUGGUAGUACCUGCGUAGCUGCAUGACAGGCUUGGGUUUUCCAGCGUGUGAUCGCUGUGUCUAGUUGUCAGCCAGGAUUUGUGGGAAUGCCAUGUGACCCCAUGAACCAGAUUCGUAUAAGAAAUUUGUUUGCUUUUGGUGUUUA